CCAGCUUUUACAUCCGCGUUUUCUUCUUCCUCUCUCUCUCUCUUGAACUCCCCCCUGUCUCUCUUUCUCUCUCUUCACUUUCUCCCUUUCUGUUUUUUUUUUCUCCCUGUUAGGGUUUCAGGGGGCGCCGCUUUUGCUCUGUUCGAUCUUCACAAGUUUCAGAUAUACUAUGGCAAUGGAAGUCACCCAGAUCCUUCUUAAUGCACAGUCAGUUGAUUCAACAGUGCGGAAACAUUCCGAGGAAACUCUAAAACAGUUUCAGGAGCAAAAUCUUCCUGGUUUCUUGUUGUCUCUAUCUGGAGAGCUUGCUAAUGAAGAGAAGCCAGUUGACAGUCGUAAGUUGGCUGGUUUAAUACUUAAAAAUGCCUUGGAUGCCAAGGAACAACAUAGGAAAUUUGAGCUUGUGCAAAGAUGGCUAUCACUUGAUAUGGCAGUGAAGGCCCAGAUAAAGACAUGUUUAUUACAGACACUCUCUUCUCCUGUGCCUGAUGCUCAUUCAACCGCAUCACAAGUCAUUGCUAAGGUUGCUGGCAUUGAGCUUCCUCAGAAGCAGUGGCCUGAGUUGAUUGGGUCACUCCUUUCAAAUAUUCACCAGGUCCCUGCUCAUGUCAAGCAAGCUACUUUGGAGACACUGGGUUAUUUAUGUGAAGAAGUUUCUCCCGAAGUUGUGGAUCAGGAUCAAGUAAAUAAAAUCCUUACAGCCGUAGUUCAGGGUAUGAACGCUGAAGAAGGGAACAAUGAUGUGAGGCUUGCUGCUACCCGAGCAUUAUAUAAUGCUCUUAGUUUUGCUCAAGCAAACUUCAGCAAUGACAUGGAGCGUGACUUUAUAAUGAGAGUUGUAUGUGAGGCUACUCAAUCCCCAGAAGUCAAAAUUCGACAAGCUGCCUUUGAAUGUUUAGUCUCCAUUUCAUCAACAUACUAUGAGAAAUUGGCUCCAUACAUCCAAGAUAUCUUUAACAUUACAGCAAAGGCUGUUAAAGAGGAUGUAGAGCCUGUUGCUCUUCAAGCUAUUGAAUUUUGGAGCUCAAUCUGUGAUGAGGAGAUUGAUAUUUUAGAAGAUUUUGGGGGUGAUUUCACUGCAGAUUCUGAUGUUCCUUGCUAUUAUUUCAUCAAGCAGGCUCUCCCUGCUCUUGUGCCUAUGCUAUUAGAGACACUUCUUAAGCAGGAAGAAGAUCAGGACCAGGAUGAAGGUGCUUGGAAUCUUGCAAUGGCUGGAGGCACUUGCCUUGGUCUGGUGGCCCGGACUGUAGGGGAUGAGAUUGUUCCACUUGUUAUGCCAUUCAUCCAAGAGAACAUUUCAAAGCCUGAUUGGAGACAAAGAGAGGCUGCAACAUAUGCCUUUGGUUCUAUUUUGGAAGGUCCUUCUCCUGACAAGUUGACACCUCUUGUUAAUGUUGCAUUGAACUUCAUGCUUACUGCGUUGACAAAGGAUCCUAAUAGCCAUGUGAAGGAUACAACUGCAUGGACCCUGGGAAGGAUAUUUGAGUUUCUUCAUGGUUCUACAGUGGAGACACCCAUUAUUACUCCUGCAAAUUGCCAGCUGAUAAUCACAGUUCUACUUCAGGCCAUGAAAGAUGCUCCAAAUGUUGCUGAAAAAUCCUGUGGUGCUCUCUAUUUCCUUGCUCAAGGCUAUGAGGAUAUGGGUGCAUCAUCUCCCUUGACACCUUAUUUCCAGGAAAUCGUGCAAGAGCUUCUAACAGUUACCCACAGAGAAGAUGCUGGUGAGUCGCGACUCAGGACUGCGGCAUAUGAGACAUUGAAUGAAGUAGUUAGGUGUUCAACAGAUGAAACAGCUCCAAUGGUUUUGCAGCUUGCUCCUAUCAUUAUGACAGAGCUGCACCAGACUCUCGAAGGUCAGAAGCUUUCAUCUGACGAGAGAGAGAAGCAGAGUGAGUUGCAAGGUCUUCUGUGUGGUUGCUUACAGGUCAUUAUUCAGAAAUUAGGGGCUUCCGAGCCAACAAAGUUUGUUUUCAUGCAGUAUGCAGAUCAGAUCAUGAACCUUUUUCUCAGGGUUUUUGCAUGUAGAAAUGCUACGGUGCAUGAGGAAGCCAUGCUUGCCAUUGGAGCCCUAGCCUAUGCAACUGGUCCCGACUUUGCCAAGUACAUGCCUGAAUUUUACAAGUACCUGGAAAUGGGCCUUCAGAAUUUCGAGGAGUACCAAGUGUGUGCUGUUACGGUUGGUGUUGUGGGUGAUGUAUGCAGAGCUUUGGAAGAUAAGAUCCUACCUUACUGUGAUGGUAUAAUGACUCAGCUUCUCAAGGACCUGUCAAGUAACCAGCUGCAUCGAUCUGUAAAGCCUCCAAUAUUUUCAUGCCUUGGUGACAUAGCUUUGGCAAUAGGAGAGAAUUUUGAAAAGUACUUGAUGUAUGCCAUGCCAAUGCUCCAGAGUGCUGCUGAGCUGUCUGCCCACACAUCUGGUGCAGAUGAUGAGAUGGUAGAAUACACAAAUCUUCUGAGGAAUGGAAUCUUGGAGGCUUAUUCAGGGAUAUUUCAGGGCUUCAAGAAUUCCCCUAAAACACAGCUUCUGAUCCCAUAUGCACCUCAUAUCCUGCAAUUCCUGGAUAGCAUUUACAUGGAGAAAGACAUGGAUGAUGUGGUGAUGAAAACAGCUAUUGGGGUUCUAGGAGAUCUAGCAGAUACUCUGGGCAGUAAUGCUGGUUCGUUGAUUCAACAAUCAUUAUCAAGCAAAGAGUUCUUGAAUGAAUGCUUGUCAUCAGAUGACCAUUUGAUUAAGGAAUCUGCUGAGUGGGCAAAGUUGGCCAUCACUCGUGCCAUUUCAGUUUGAGGUGGCCGCUUUGGUACAUACUUUUUUUUUUAGUAAGUCCAUGCAUGCAUAUGGUUGUGUCCAGUUGGGUCCGAGAUUGCAUUCACGAGUCUUGUCAUUGAUGUUAUCUGACAAUGGAGAAAUCUACACUCUUGUUGUCGUUAACUCAUGCGCCAGCACCAUGGGUCGAGGUUUUGUUUUGCCGGGGGAGGGGGAGAGGGGGUUACUACUCAAGAGUUGAAAGUCCUUCCAUUCAGCAUGUGACUUUGCUGGUGAUGUGUAUUGGGGUGGAAAGGGGUCUGCUGUAACUUACUGAAGUAACAAAUCAGGCUGCCGGUUUGUUGGGUUUUCCGUGGGUCUAUCUGCUAAGAAGAGGUGCCCCAGAUCAUCCCUGUGCUGCCGUCUUCUCCAAGGGCUUUGAGUGUCAUAAUGUGUAAGGUCAAAGUUUUGGUAGUCCUGAUACUUUAAGCCAAAGCUUCUUUGAUAUUGUCCCAUCUAUUUUUUUUCUUUGGGUCUGUCAGUCGUCAUCGGUCAAAGCAGCUGCAUUUUCUUUAUUUCAAAUUGCAUACAUCUCAUUCAUUUCUUUUGCAUAUACUGGUCAUGGGGUAACCCACUUGUUUUAAAAUUUUAUAUAGGGAAUUGUGUUUGCAUCUUCACAUUUCUCUUUCUGGGUUGUUUUCCGGCAGUAGGUAUUUUUGCACAUCAGUAGCAGAUUGUGCAUCCAUGAAAGCAUGUAAGCUUCCUUUUUCAUGCUGUUACGAUACAGUUUUUUUCCCCUCUUAAAAGAAAAGGAUCAUGCUUGUGAUCGUAAUAUCAUAAUAUAUUUGGUUGCAUUUCGGAGGGCAUGUUAUCAAAGCAAUGGGAAUUGAAGAUGUUUUUUUCUUAAUAGAUUCACAUGUUGCUGUGUCCAUUGAUUGUCCAGUUUAGAAAUGUUGAAAUCGUUUCCCCAG